AGGUGUCUUAUAAAGUUGAGCUGCGUCUGGAGCUGCACAACAACUAACAGAAGAGAACAUGAAAGCUGUUGCAGUCGUCUUGGUUUUGGUGAACUACUUCACCAGCUGUCAUGGUUUGACCUGCAAAGCCGCCCCCCAACAGUUGUCUGCAGCCCAGGUUGAUGCUGGCCACGGGAUAGUUGUGAUGACUGACAUUCUCUACAACAGUUUUUUCUUGACUGGAUCAAGUUGGAGCAAACUGGGCUCUGUUCCUCUCAAGCAUGUCUCAGUUGGACCUGCAGGAAUCUGGGGAGUCAACAAAGAUGACAAAGUCCAUAAAUUUUCUGGUGGGGAUUUUUUCCCUGUUUUAGGUCUGGAAUUGAAGCAGUUGGAUGCUGGAGGACAAGGUCAUGUAGUUGGGGUUACUGACACAGACAAGAUCUACUGCCUUAAUGCAGAUAGAGCCUUCAGCAUUCAGAAGGAGGGCAUUUUGACCUGGGAUCAGCUUCAAGGGAGGCUGAGGUAUUUCAGUUGUGGUCCAAAUGGAUGCUGGGGAGUGAACUCAAUACAACAUAUCUAUUUCACGAAAGUCUUACCAAACACAUGUGAAAUAAGUGGCUUUAUAAGAAUUAAUGGAUUAGGAGUCAAGAUAGAAGUUGGGACUGAUGGACGUGUCUUCAUUUUAAAUCAAUCAGGACAGCUCUAUGAAAGAGCUGGGAUCUCUGACAAAGUUCCACAGGGCACAGAAUGGAAAGAAAUUGCAUUUCAGGAGCCCUUAAAGCAUGCAAGCUAUGACCUGGGACAUCUUUGGCUUGUGACCAAGUGUGGUGUGAUACUAGAGUGCACUGACUAACCAACUGGGAGUCUCUAUGUUAAUCCUUUUUUUCAUAUAACUGUUUUGGGGAUAUUCCUAUGUGUGUUUUGUCAUUAAAAUAUUAAUAGAGCCUAGGUCUCCAGUUUAACCACAUUAGGAGAUAAAUCAAAAUGGAGAUGUAAAUCACUG